AUGUUUUAUAACCAUGUUAGCUUUAAAGUCGUAACUUUAUUAUUAUUAAGUUUCACAAACCUUGUAUUAGGUAAUAGAGAGACAAUUAAUGAAAAUAACUAUGAAAUAUGUGCUGGUAUGUAUUCCAAAGAAGAUUGGGGUGGUAAAGUUGAUCCAUUUAUUUCAUUUAAUCUAAAAGAAAUUAAUGAAGGUGGUGAUGUUAUUGUUGCUAUUUAUGAUUUUCAAGAUUUUGAACAUUUAGGUGUUGAUCUAAGUGAUGGUGAACAUUAUUAUUUAUGUAAUGAUUAUGCUAUUCGUUUAGGUUUAUGCACUGAAGAUCAUGAAGGUGAAUUUAUUAUUACUGAUACAGUUUAUGAUCCAUUCAGUGGUAGUAAUAGAACAUUAGUUAACCCAAUUAUGACAUUUUCACAAAAUGAAUUAGGUCUUCAUGAUACUAAAUAUCCAAUUAGUAGUACAGGUUACUAUUGUGUAAGUGCAUUUCAAAGUGAUUCGAAUGUUAAAUUUAAAGCUGUAAUUAAUUUUAGAAAUGCUUAUGGUCAUUUGUCAGGUGCAGAAGUUAAUAAUUUACCAUUAUAUGGUUUAUUAGCAAUUUGUUAUGUCGUUGCAAUGGCAUUAUAUUCUUUUGCAUUUUGGAAACAUAAACAUGAAUUAUUACCAUUACAAAAAUAUUUAUUAGCAUUUUAUAUGUUUUUAACUAUUGAAACUAUCUUUGUUUGGGCUUAUUAUGAUUUAAAGAAUGAAAAGGGUAAUACAGCAGGUAUUAAAAUUUAUUCCGUAUUUUUAUCAAUUUUAUCAGCUGGUAAAGUCACAUUUUCAUUUUUCUUACUUUUAAUUAUUGCGUUAGGUUAUGGUGUUGUUUAUCCAAAAUUGAAUAAAACAUUAAUGAGACGUUGUCAAUUUUAUACAGCAUUCAGUUUUUGUUUAUGUUGUGCAUUUUUAAUUCAAAGUUAUUUUCAAGACCCUGAAAAUCCUUCUGCUUUAGUAUUUAUUUCUUUUGCACCAACUGCUUUAUCAAUGUUUGUCUUUUAUUUUAUGAUUAUUAGAUCAAUGUCAAAUACUGUAAAUUAUUUAAAAGAACAAAGGCAAGUGGUAAAAUUAAAUAUGUACAAAAGAUUAUUGGUUGUAAUCUAUGUGUCAUUAGCAAUAAUGAUGGCAGGAUUUGUAAUUUCAUCAAUUAUUUUUGCCAGUAUGAAUACUUUAGAUAUGAUUGAAAAAUACUGGAGAUCAAGAUUCUUUUUCACAAAUUUUUGGCCAACUUUAGUAUAUUUUACAGUAUUUGUAAUAGUAUCAUUCAUUUGGAGACCUACAGAUACAUCAUAUAUGUUAGCAGUAUCUCAACAAUUACCAACAGAUCCUGAAAACGUUGCAGAUUUUGAUUUAAGUGAUUUACAAUCGUUAGGGGAUAACCUUGAUGAUGAAUUUGAUGCAGAUCAUGAUAGAGAUAAUUUAAGUAUCAUUACAGAUGAUGAUAACGAUAUUGCAUCUACACAAGGACAUCAUUCAAAUGAUAACACUGUAGAAAGUUCAAACAAUGAUCAACUGCCGCAAUUGAGCCAAUCAAAUAAAGAUACGAAUCGUUUAGAAUUAACGAUGUCUGAAGAAAAUUUAGAAGAUGAUGAACAAGAUGAUAAUCCAGCAAAUAAAAGAACUAUAUUAUGA